GCCUAUUAAGGCUUAGCCCAGCCCAUGAGCUAAGAUGUACCCACCCAGGAGGAUCUUAAAAACCGCAAUUCAUUUUUUCUGAUUUCUACAAUCUUCUCUUCCAGUCGUCGGCAGCCAGAGAUUUUCUCAGUAACCAAACAACUUUUUUCCCAUUUCAAGAUGACAGAACCACCCUUUAGACCACGUGAGAAGCUUAUCGAGAAGCAAAGAUAUUUCCAGAACCUCCACAGGCACACAUACCUGAAAGGACCAUUUGAUAAGAUUACUUCUGUUGCCAUUCCACUUGCUUUGGCAGGUUCCUCAUUAUUCCUUAUUGGACGAGGGAUCUACAACAUGUCUCAUGGAAUUGGUAAGAAAGAAUGAGCCUGGAAUCUCUGUUGAUUAAUGGAAGUGAACAAUUUGGUUAGCAAGUAAAGUUUCCAAAAGAUUUAAUGCACCAAGACUCAAAAGACUGGUGUUGUUCUUCAAGUAUUCUGUUUUCCUUGCUUUAAUAAUUUUGCUUACUAGCAGCUUACUUACCACCAAUGGAAGUCGAAACUUUAUUUUGAUGGCAAUUUUUUUAUUUGGUCCUAAUACUGCAGAAAUUUGAAUAUCUGAUUUGUGGGUUCUUGUUUGAUA